CCGCCCUGUUCAGCUCCCCCUGUCGUGGCCCCAGAGACGCAAGGGACAAAUUGGCUGCAUUCCACCCAACAAGACCGAAUAUAGGUAUGGGUCUCUGAGCAUGAGAGACAUGGUAGUGAUUGCUAGUCACGAGCUUGUCGCCCGGCAGUCAAUGAUAAACAGGCCAUCAAGGGUUCUUGUGAACGAUAUCCAGAAACGAAGCCAGAUUGUUGUACACUGAGCUGUGAAGAAAAACAGGCCACACAUGAUUAUGAUUGAUUUUUCCAACCACACAGAUGAGCUGCGCCGGCAGACGGACAUCCACGACCUGCCGGCAACAAACCGUAUCACGAGUAUCGCGGACCGUCUCGACCUUCCCAGUGACACAAUAUUCCAUCUGGCGUGGGGAAUCGCGCUGGGCGUCCAUCAGAACAUCGAUGUGGUGACCCUUGCCUGCUACACGGAUAAAACAGGCCGACAGUGCCAGGUCGCACGGCCCAGCGACAAGACUCUGACGGCGGCGCUGCGCGAAGUCGUCGAGACCGCAGAGCCGACGGAUGGAAUCGGCCGAUGCCAGGCUGCGGUGCGUGUCAGCUCUUGCCUUGAGGAAGACGCCGCGGCGCCACAUCCAGUACUGGAGCUCGUGGUCCAAUCCACGACGGAUCCAAUGACGGCCCAGCUAUGUUAUUCCGAGGGGGCUUUAAACCCCCUGCAGGCUGAGGGGAUGCUGCGAGACUUCUGUCGCGUCGUCGACGACAUCGUGUCCCACCCGGAAGUCACAAUGGGGGAUCUCCGGCUCUGGGGCUCCCGGAAUCUCGACCAGUUCCGCCACUGCAGCCCCCCGGCGCGGACGAGGUCUGGCUAUCUCGAUCGCCGCCCGUCCACUCAGCUUGCCGCAGACACCCUUACGGCCGUCCUCACAAGCUGCCGCGGCAGCAGGACGAGCCCGCCCGCCACCCCGCGGGGCGAGUCGGAGCUGCAGCUGCAGCGGCUCUGGAUGGAGGUGCUGCCAGAAGCCCCGGGGGGGUUCAGUGGAACGGCAGAUUUCUUUCAAUGUGGCGGAGAUUCCAUGGUGGCUAUGGCUCUGGUCGCCCGUGCGCAAAAGUGUGGACUCGCCCUUACCGUUGAUGAUGUUUUCGACCAUCCUGUCCUCGCGGACCUCGCACAGGUCAUACAGCCGGAGCGGGCAAAGGCGCCCCCGGUAGUUCCAUUUCAACUCCUCACGUCGACCGUGUGGUCUCUACAGCACCUAGCCGCCGAAUGUGGUGUGAAGCCGGCUGAGGUUGAAGAUGUCUAUCCUACGACCGCUGUUCAGGAAGGCCUCCUGGUCCGCACGGCGCAACGGCCUCACGAUUACGUGGAUCAAAGAGCGUUUGCGCUACCCGCCGACAUCGACCUCUCACGACUCGUCGACGCAUGGAGGGCCGUGUCCAGCGCCAAUCCGAUUCUCCGCACACGACUGGUCCAGUUAGGCCCUGGCGACAUGGUGCAGGUCAUACUCCACGCGCCGCUUGCCUGUUCGGUCGUCGAGGGCCCGCUGGACAACUACCUCGACCGAGACUGGGAAACCUCCUUCGGCCCGGGAACCCCACUAGUGCGCCUGGCCGUAGUCCAGGAGGAAGAUCGAGCAUUCUGCGUUCAAACCAUGCACCACGCCGUCUACGACCACUGGACCUUACCCCUCCUGCGACAGCAGCUCGAGGCGGCGUACGAGGGCCAGCCCCUGGAGUCACGUCCCUUCAAUCACUUUAUUCGGCAUGCUCUCGACAACCGGACUAAAGCAGAGGCCUUCUGGCGCAAGUCACUUGCCGAGAGCGAGGCCGUGCCUUUCCCCCCGCGACCCUCGGGACAGUGGGCGCCCACGGCGCAAUCCAGCGUCCAACAGUCCGUUGCCCUGUCCCCGCACAAUGGUCGAAGGGACACCACAAUCUCGACAUGUAUACAACUGGCAUGGGCCCUAACGGCCGCCCAGUAUACCGGCGCGGCAGAGGUCGUAUUCGGCCUGAUGCUGUCGGGCCGUGACGCCCCGGUACCUGGGAUCGACCAGACGACGGGUCCCACGAUUGCCACCGUCCCCUUGGCUGUGGCCCUGGAGCGCAGAGACACGGUCCAACAGGCUCUGCAGCGGGUGCAGCGACAGGUUCAGACUACCAGUGACUUCGCACAGCUAGGGUUGGUGCGUAUUGCCCGGUUGGGAGCUGCCGCAGCGCAGGCGUGUCAUUUCGAGACGCUGGUGUCCGUGCAAGUAGCGGACCACGCUGCAAAGCCCGUGCAGCCAAAGAUUCUGGGCCAGACCCAUCACCACCGCCGGGCCCUGCCUCGGGAGUAUGCGUUGUCUCUGGAAUGCAUCAUCUACGAGGGCCAUGUCGCGGUUCGAGCGGAGUUUGACUACCGCGUACUACCGCACCGCCAGAUGGACCGCGUGCUCGGCCUGUUUGGCCACUUCCUGCAGGUGGUGAACAAGCAGCCCGACCUGUCGUUGGCCGACCUCCCAGUGCUCCCAUCCUCUGACAUGGCCGAGCUCUUACAAUGGAACGGGGCCCUUCCCGAACCGGCCCGGACGAGCAUCCCCGAGACCAUCCAGCAGCACGUCCGCACGAGCCCUGAGCGCCAGGCCGUGUACGCGUGGGAUGGAUCUUUCAGUUACCGCGAGUUGCACUUCCAGGCCAUGCGCCUCGCGCGCCGGUUGGCCGCCGUCGGUACGGGCCACGGCUGCAUCGUCCCGAUCUGCAUAGAGAAGUCUCGCUGGGUCCCCGCCGCCAUGCUGGCCGUACUGCUGACCGGCGCGGCGUUCGUGACCCUGGAGCCCUCUCAGCCGAGUGCGUCCCUGGCGGCGCCGCUCAACCUGCCCACUGUGGUCCUGGUCGACCGCGACGAUACGGCCGGGGCACCGGCUGACUGGGCUGAUGCCAGCACGGCUGAUGCAACAGCCUACGUUGUUUUCACCUCCGGAUCCACUGGCACACCCAAGGGCAUUCUCGUGUCACACGCCGCUCUGUGCAGUGGCGUCCGCAGGUUGCACCGAGACGGCAUCCUGAGCGCAGACACGCGGACCCUACAAUUUGCGUCUUAUGCCUUCGACAUCAGUGUGAUUGAGCAACUGGCCACAUUCAUGUUCGGUGGCUGUCUGGCCAUUCCCUCCGUCUCCCAGUGCCAGGAUGACCUGGCGGGGGCGCUACGUCACUUCCAGGCCGACACGCUGCUCACCACGCCCACCACGGCCCGUCUGCUGCAUAACCACGCUGCAGACCUCCUCCGACACCUGUUCUUAGGUGGAGAGCCCCUAACGCUUGCGGAUCGGGAUUACUGGGCUCCCCGUGUGAACCUAUGCCAUGGGUACGGACCCGCUGAGUGCGCGGGCAUUCCGGUCAUGGAGUUGUCGCUGGACUCGCACGCGGACCCGCGUUGCAUCGGGCGAUCGACCACCGCCGGGUGCUGGAUCGUGGAUCCUGAGUUACCUGACCGUCUACUUCCCAUUGGGGCUGUCGGCGAGUUGCUGCUUGAGGGGUCGUCCCUGGCGCGGGGCUACCUGGACGAUCCGCUCCGCACUGCGGCCAGUUUUCUUGAUGCCCCAGCAUGGCUACGUUCUCUCCGCCCUUCAGCGCGCCUGUACCGGACGGGCGACUUGGUUCAAUAUGCGCCAAACGGAUCUCUGCUAUUCAUCGCCCGCAAGGACAAUCAGGUGAAGCUGCGGGGCCAGCGUGUGGAGCUGGGCCACGUCGAAACACACACGAUGGCCGCCUUUCCGGGCCGCCCACGCGCCGUGGCCGAGAUCGUGGAGCCUGCCGCAACCCCGGGACGCCCCGUCCUAGCGGUCUUUGUGCAGCGCGCGGUGGAUCCCUCCGCGUCCGCGGGCCCGGCAACUCUGGAGACUCCGUCGGCCGAGUUCCACGAUGCCGCUACGACGGCGUACACGGCUCUCGCGGCCCAGCUCCCCCGGUACAUGGUCCCGGGUCUAUUCCUUCCAAUCACAACAAUCCCAUGUGGAGCCACAGGCAAAGUAGACCGCCGCACCCUCCGCGAGCUCGGGGCUCGUAUAUCCCGUGCGGACUGGGAAGCGUAUCAGAGCCAGUCGAGCAAGAAGCAGGCGCCGGCAACCCCAACAGAGCGACACAUUCAGAAGCAAGUGUCGCAGCUCCUCGCUCUCGCACCUGACACGGUGGGCAUGAAUGAUCACUUCUUCCGACUCGGGGGAGACUCGCUGCAUGCCAUGCGCCUGGUAGGCUUGCUGCGUGAGCGCCACCUCGUCCUCCACGUGGCGGAUAUAUUUGCCAACCCAGUUCUUGAGGACCUCGCUCGCCUAGCUACCGAAUUGCUCUCCAAUGCAGACUUCGAUACAUGCCCGUUCGCGCUUGUCGAUAGCCCCGAUGUACAGUCCCUGCGCCAAUCCGCUGCCGUACAGUGUCAAGUGUCUUGCGACGCCGUGGUGGAUGUAUAUCCGUGCACCCCCAUGCAGGAAGGGCUGUUCGCCCUCAGCCUGAAGCAUCCAGGUGCAUUCUGGAACCAUUUAGUCUACAAGGUGCCGGAUGAACUCGACUUUGUCCGCUUGCAGUCCGCGUGGGCCACGGUGGUGCAGGCGCAACCCAUCCUGCGCACCCGCGUCAUCCGUCUUGAGGCCGAUGGCGAUCUGAUGCAGGCGGUGCUGCGCGAGGACGUCGUAUCGUCUGGGCCAGUGCAGGACACGCCUCUGACGGAGGGCGCCCCGCUAGUCCGCGCGCGGUGGGUGCCGGAAACCCGGCAGUUCCACCUGUCGAUACAUCAUGUCCUCUACGACGGCUUCUCCAUGAGACUACUCCACGCGGCACUGCAGGAUGCCUACCGCGCGACCACCAGGGCCCCUACUGUAUGUCCUUUUCGGCACUUUGUGGAGUAUACCCAGGGCGUGCCACCCGCUGAGGUAGAAGCAUCCUGGCGGGCGCAAUUCAAGGGGUUCACAGGAGCUCCGUUCCCGGCGCCGCCAACGUCGCAAUAUGUUCCAAAACCACGAUCAAGCCAAUCGCACACCACGGCGCUCUCCUUGAACCACGCUCUCGGGGCUACUCUGUCCACGGUAUUGCGUCUGGCCUGGGCCCUGACCGCGGCACAGUAUACCGGAUCGACGGACCUGGUGUUUGGCGUCGUCAUGUCCGGCCGGGGGGCUCCUGUGACGGGUAUCGACGCGAUGAUUGGGCCCACGCUGGCUACUGUCCCUCUCCGCGUCCAGUGGCAGGCUAGCGAUAGUCUGCGUCCGUUGUUGCGGCGAAUUCAACAACAGACAACGGCGAUAAUGCCCGUGGAGCAGGUCGGGAUCCCCCGGAUUGCUGGUGUGAGUGACGAGGCACGGCAAGCCUGUCAGUUUCAGACGCUGCUCGUCGUGGAGCCGUCCGGAGGCUGGUCUUCGGGUUUCCUUGAGCGGACCAAGGCCCCAAGCGACGGUAUCCCAGCGGAGGACGUGCAAUUCGACACGUACGGGCUGACACUGGUGUGUGAACCAGACGCCGACUCGGUCACGAUCCGGGCCAUGUUCGAUGCCACGAUGAUCACCCCACAGCAGAUGUCUCGCAUGCUGCACCAAUUCACCACGGUGAUCCAUGCUGUCAAUGACGAACGGCUGUCCAUUGCACAGUGCCCACUGAGUGCCGAUGACAAGCGCGACCUGGUCCAGUGGAAUGCGUUGCCGGACCGCCCUAGACGGACGAUGAUGGAUCUGCUGACGCCGCGUGCUGCUCAGCAGCCACCGUCGCUGGCGGUGCACGCCUGGGACGGUGACUGGACGUACGACGAGCUGUGGACACAAGCCUCAGGCCUUGCAUCCCAUUUAGUGGCUCAAAUCCCCAUGCAUGAGAAUGCCAUGGUGCCCAUCCUGUUUGAGAAGUCUCGCUGGGUGGUGGUAGCCGUGCUAGCCGUGAUUCGUGCCGGUGGCGCCUUUGUACUUCUGGAUGCAUCGCAGCCCCAAAGACGCCUCGAGGAAAUCUGCCAGGAGAUCAAUGCCCCCUUUAUCAUCUCAUCCGCGGCGUGUGCGAGCAUUGCGACAGCCCUCGCCCCACAAGUCAUUUCCGUGCCCCUGGAUGGCGCGAUGCCCUGGACGAGCACGAACCCGGACGUCCCGCUACCCGCCGCGGCCCCCCAGGACGCUCUAUAUGUGGUGUACACGUCCGGCUCAACCGGGCGCCCCAAGGGCAUCGUUAUUGAACAUGGCGCCUUCGCGUCCAGCCUGCAAGCCUACCUUGAGACCGUCGGCAUGAACCCGGACGUCCGUGGCUUUCAAUUUGCCUCAUACGCCUUCGACGUCAGUGUGACUGACCUCCUGGCACCACUCGUGGCCGGCGGGUGCGUAUGCAUUCCCUCAGACGAUGAUUGCCAGAACCGUCUGGCACAUGCCGCAACUUCCUUGCGCGCCAACUGGGCAGACUUUACACCAUCCCUGCUUCGGAAUCUCGACCCGGAGGACGUGCCCACAGUGACGACUAUCGUCGUGGGUGGCGAAUCACUCGCCCACGGCGAUAUCUCCAAAUGGAGUCCGCACAAGCGGCUAAUCAACAUCUACGGGCCGGCGGAAUGCUGCGUGCUGGCCACCGUACAACCGACCGUCACCACGGCCAGUGAUCCCACCAAUAUCGGGUGGCCCACGGGCGGCGCCUGUUGGAUCGUCGACCCCGCUGAUUCCGACCAUCUACUGCCGAUUGGUGCUGUCGGGGAGCUGUUGAUCGAGGGGCCGAUACUGGGACGAGGGUAUCUUGGCCAACCCACGCGGACUGCGCAGUCGUUUGUGGCCAGUCCGUCAUGGAUCCAGCAGUUUCGCCCAGCUCCGGCUUCACGGCUAUAUCGCACGGGGGAUCUGGUGCGCUAUGGGCUGGACGGAUCCCUGCAUUUCGUGGGCCGCACAGACACCCAAGUCAAGCUGCGCGGACAGCGCAUCGAACUGACCGCGGUAGAAUACCAGGUCGAGAUUUCGCUGCCCAUGGCGCGACAGGUCGUUACUGAGGUGGUUCGCCGUGAGGACACAGACAUCUUGAUGGCAUUUCUCCUCCCAGGAGGGGAAGCAGAACCCCAGCCCACUGUCGGUCGUUUCCUUGUUCCAACGCCAGACCAGCUGGACCAGAUAAAUCAAGCCAGAGGCGAGCUUCUGGCACAGCUCCCACGAUACAUGGUGCCCUUGCGCUUCCUGUGCAUUCAAACGCUCCCCAUGACGGUGACGGGUAAAACCGACCGCCGACGCCUGCGUGAGGAAGCGUCACAGCUGUCCGCCGAGGACCUGGCACAGGUGUCUGCCGGAUCGCACAAUCAUCGACGCGCACCAGCCUCGACUGAUGAGGAGACCAUCCAGCACCUAUGCGCACGCGUCCUCAAUCGUCCUACCGACGCCAUCGCCUUAGAUGACUCCUUCUUCGACAAUGGCGGGGACUCUAUCACAGCGAUGAAGCUGGCUUCGGUCGCUCAGCGACAGGGCAUACCGCUGACGGUGGCGAGCAUUCUGGGCAGUCGUCAGAUAUCCAGGUUGGCCGCCACGCGCGAGGAACGCCGGCCAGCAAAUCAGAAUAUUAGCGCCCCAUUUGCGCUUCUUCCUAAGUCCAGCCAGGAGAACAUCAUUAGAGCAGCGGCGCGUCAGUGCACGGUCCCGGAGACCCAGGUCGAGGAUGUCUACCCCUGCACACCCAUGCAGGAGGGUCUGUUGGCCGGCACGAGCAGGGACCCCGCUUCCUAUGUAGGUCAGAUAGACCUGCCACUCCGCGCGGAUGUGGACCGGGAACGCCUGCGCAAGGCCUGGGAGCGUACUGCCAUCGCACAUCCAAUUUUGCGCACCCGAUUCGUGCUCAUCGAGAGAGCCAUGUGGCAAGUGGUCAUCACGGACUUCGGAGCGUGGGAUCACUCCUUCGAUGAGGCUUCCGCGGAGAGCAUGUUCGGGCGCCGUUUGGUGUGUCUAAACCUGCCAGCGCGCGGUUCACCUGUCUUCCUGCGGCUUACCAUCCAUCAUGGGCUUUACGAUGGCAUGUCGCUCCCACAGCUGCUCCGCCAAGUUGAUAUCGCCUACAAGGGCUUGCCGCUGACGCCCUCGCCCUUCAACCGCUUUGUGGCUCACCUGCAGGAGACGACAAACCAUGCCGUAACAGCUGCAUACUGGCGCGAACAAUUUCGGGGCGUCCAGGCCGCCAUCUUCCCAGCGCCUCCAACGGCCCGCUACACGCCGCAGGUGACCUCGCGGCUGGACCACAAAGCCACACUACCGGCGAUGCGCUACCGCAAUUGUAGCCUGGCUACGCUGGUGCGUGCCGCCUGGGCCGUGAUCGCGGCGCAUUACACCGACGUCGCCGACGUCGUUAUGGGUGUGACCCUGGCCGGCCGCAGCGCGCCGGUGCCGGGGAUUGACUCCCUCACGGGGCCUACGUUCGCCACCGUGCCCGUGCGGAUCCAGAUAGAUCCGUCCCAGUCGCUGGACGCCUGGCUCCAGCAGGUCCAAGACCAGUCGACUUCCAUGAUUCCUUUCGAGCAUACGGGGCUUCAUCACAUCCGCCAGCUGGGCCCAGACGCGACGCGUGCCUGUGGCUUCCAGACGCACCUCGGCGUUCAGUUCCCCGAUGAUGACGAUGGAGACGAUGACAAUGCCACCGGAGGUUCAUCUGUCUUUGUCCAGACGCCUGCCGGGCGAGCGCCACCGGGCGUCUUCGCCAGUUACGCCCUGGUCUUAGUUUGUACCCCUUCCACGGACGGUCGGUCGAUACAUUUCGCUGCACACCACGACCCGCACGUGCUGUCUGUGGACGAGACCCGUCGUCUUGUCGUGCAGUGCGCCGGUGUCCUAUACCAGCUUGUCGACCGCGCCGUGCCACGGGUGCAGGACCUACAGAUCCAGACACCAGACGAAAUUGCCCAGCUCAGCCGGUGGAACGCAGAGGUGCCGGAAGUCGAGCGCCGGACGUUAGUCGAUCUGAUUGUCGCGCACGCGGACUUACACCCAACGGCACCCGCGUUAGCGUUCGAGGAAGCAGAGACAUCCUAUGCAGAGAUGUGUACCACAGCGUCGCGAUUCGCAGCGUACCUCCGCGCCCGCGGCGUGCGGGCUGGCACCAUCGUUCCGCUAUGUUUCCCAAAGGGUCCGUGGACAGUGAUCGCCCUACUGGCAGUUCUGAUGGCCGGGGGUUGCUGCCUACUCCUCGAUGCCAGCCACCCCCGCGCGCGCCUAGUUAGCCUCAUGCGCCAGGUGGGGAGUCGCCUAGUACUAACACACUCGACGACUGCCGGCCAUGUGGCGGACGAAGAGGGGGUGGAAGUGGUCGUCGUCUCGCCCGAUUUUCUCGCCGCGUUGCCCCCUCUGGGUGGUGCUAUGCUGUCGGAUAGCCGAUCGGAUAGUGCAGCCUUCCUCAUCUUCACGUCGGGUAGCACCGGGCAGCCUAAGGGCAUCAUCCUGGAGCAUGCCCAGCUUUCCACGAGCAUCCGGUACCAUCGGGACGGGAUGCGGUUGAGUCGCGCCAGUCGCAGCCUGCACUUCUCCUCGUAUGCCUUCGAUGCCAGCAUCUAUGAGAUCUGUAGCACAUUAGUGGCGGGCGGCUGCGUCUGCAUCGUCUCCGAACAGGAUCGCCUGAACGACCUCGCUGGCGCAAUGUGCCGGCACGGUGUCACCUGGGCGACACUGACCAAUACCACCGCACGCCUUCUGCAUCCAGCGCAGGUGCCCGACCUUCAAACGCUGGCGUUGGGCGGGGAAGCAGUCACCCAAGACGUUGUCGAUCGCUGGGCGGCGCACGUCACGCUCGUGAACGGCUACGGCCCAGCGGAGGCCACCAUCUGUGCGCUGGGUGACAUUCCCCCCGAGGGCUGGCGUCCCGGAACCAUUGGCACGACAGUAGGCGCUGUCAGUUGGAUCACCACCCCGUCCAACCCAGAGCAGCUGGCAGCCAUUGGAGCGGUGGGGGAGCUCUUGCUUGAGGGCCCAGUGCUCGCACGCGGCUACCUCGAUGACCCCGAAAAAACUGCCGCAGCGUUCCUGCAGGGGCUACCGUGGCUGGCGCGGUUCCGAGACGGUCGUCGAGACAUCCGAGUCUACCGUACGGGAGAUCUAGUGCAAUACACGCCCAAGGGUGAAUUGCGCUAUGUGGGACGCAAAGACACCCAGGUCAAACUCCGUGGGCAACGCAUCGAGCUGGGGGAUAUUGAAUGUCGUCUAUCUUGCUGUAUGCCCCACGUCCACGACCUUGCUGUGGAGGUUAUUACGCCGGUCGACGGCGCCCCAAUGUUGAUGGCGUUUGCAUAUUGCACUGGCGACGACGUUACCGACGAUCUUAACCACCCGUCCCUCUUCGCUGCGCCGUCCGAGUCCUUCCGUCGUACGGCCAAUGCCGCCCUAGAGGAUCUUAAACAAACCGUCCCGGGGUACAUGGUGCCAAGCGUCGUCGUGCCACUCCGUCGACUACCUCUUACGCCGACCGGUAAGACCAACCGCCGUCAACUGCGAGAAGAGGCAUCGGCACUCUCUCGCGACGACAUCGCCGGGUACAUCGCCGCGGUACAACCGAUGCGGAUGCCCACCACAUCGACCGAGUGGUUACUUCAGGGCAUCCUCGCCAACAUUUUUGACAGGCCCGCCCAGGAAAUUAGUAUGGACGCUGACUUCGUCCAGCUUGGGGGUGACUCAGUGACCGCCAUGAAAACCGCCGCGCAUGCGGGUCAGCAGGGCCUUCCACUGACCGUCGCCGACCUGCUACAAACCCACAAAUUGAGCGAACUGAGUGCCAAGCUAGCGCAAUGCAAGACACCGGCAAGAUCAUUGGCCCUCGAGGACCCGGUACCAGCCUCAUACUUCGGCUUCCCGACGCCGCAGCAGUUCGUCCAGAGCGUCCACCAGGAGUUGCCUCAAGCCUUCACAUCUGCAAACGAGAUCGAAGAUAUUCUGCCAGCAACUCAGGGCCAGGUGUAUUAUCUGAAAACUCCACUUUACUAUCUGAUCCUGCAGACAGCCAGUGGUGUGGCGCCUGAGCGCCUGGUGGCCGCCAGCACGGCGCUCAUCCAGCGCCAUAGCAUCCUCCGCACCGUUUUCUUUCCCUACCGCGACCACGUCGUCCAGGUUGUUCUACGCCAGCUGGCUUCACCAGUUGAGUUCAUCACCCUGCAGGAUACGUCGCCGUCCGCGGUAGACCAGCAUUGUGCCGCGCACAGUCCCCCCACGCCGAUAUUCGCCCAGCCUGCAACCAAAUGGAUCAUGGUCAACUCUGGACAGUCGACUAGUGCUUUGAUCUUGCGCCUGUCCCAUGCUCAAUACGACGGCUUGUCUAUGGGGCUCAUAUGGGAGGAAUUUGCUGCGCUGUAUCAUGACCAGCGCCUUCCCGAUCCCGUGCCCUACACCACCCACCUCCACCGCCGGCUAGCGGCGUCCACGCCAACAGCGCUGGACUACUGGCGCACUCUCCUGGCGGGCAGCAAGUUGACCACCAUUUCCCCCAAAGCGCUCGCUGAAGAUGCGCAGGAGCAGUUCCUGCUCGCCCAUCGGAUCGCCCACAUCCCCGAGCUGCCGGCCGGCAUCACCAGCGCGACGAUGGCGAAGGCCGCCUGGGCGGUCACCCUGGCCCUUCACACAGGAGAGAAGGACCUCGUCUUUGCCCAAUUGAUUCAUGGGCGCGACGCGGCGACGGUCCACGCCGUGGGCCUCUGUAUCAACAAGCUGGCGGUGCGCGUGUCGCUCGCGGACCUCGCCACGGGGCAGGAUCUCCUCGACUGCGUCCACCAGCAACAAAUUCAAUCACUGCCCUUCGACGGUCUGGAAUACGCCGACGUCGUCAGGGAGUGUACCUCCUGGCCAGUCCACCACCCAGGGUCCUCGCUGGUCAUCCACCAGAACCUCAACCUGGACAAGCCGCUCCAACUGGAUGGGGUGCAAUGCCCUCUGCGCAACUGGACCUUGGAUCUUCCUCGCUCGAUCAUCGGUAUUGAAUCGACCCCCGGCCCCGCAGGGCAGUGGUGCUUGCGACUGACUACGUCAACGGGGACAUUCAACCAAAGCGAGGCUGACAGCUUGUUGCGACAGUAUGAGCGUGUACUCGUGCAACUCGCGUCAGCGCCAACCACCUCCCUAUCCCACUUCUUCCCGCCCUCAUGAGAACCGACACCGAAGCCGCGGCAUGGUGUAGUCUAGCGUUGCCCUUGUUUUUUGCUGCUUACUGCUUUUACAACCCACGCUCUCUAUUCUUUCGUUGAAUCAUUGUUCACGCUUUCUUGACGUCCCGUAAUGAUGUUUGUUUUCCAUCGCUCGUCCUGGUAUUGACUAUCCGGCUUGCGAUACGGGUCUGUUAUUGUCCUUGUUCGUUUUGUUCACUUUUGUCUUGGCUUUCUUGUGGUUUUGAUCCGUGACUUUGGAUUCAUAUGCGUAUAGUUAUUCGGAAUUUCAUCGCGGGGCUAGUCC